AUGUCUGCUCGGCCGCAGGUGGGCAUCGAAAGACUCCCAGCACGUCGCAUGAGCAACGAGCCGCGAGAAUCGAUGAAUUGCAAGAGCUAUGCCGUUCCUAAGAAGCGAGGACCGAAGACAGAUGUCCUGGAGGCUUUGCUGAAGAGGGUGGAUGGCUUGGAGAAGAGGUUGAAAGAUGAGAAGAAGUCCACCUCUCCCGGUAAGAACGAGGGUGGCCAUGACUCUGCCGAGGAGCAAGAGAGCCCCAACAGUGACUCGAGAGAAGUCAAACGACCUCAACUUGACACAGCAAACAUUCCAAACGAAUCUGCAGUCUAUUCCCCCACCCCAACCAGGUAUACCGCGCAUCCGAAUGGAUAUCACGCGGCCGUGCGACUCAGCGAAGACUAUGCAGUCCGCUCACGGUCAGAGCUGGACAUCGAUGAUCCCUCUAUUGAUUGUCUGCAGGCACUGCUGCUUCUCGCAGUCGCGUUUACGGCUGCUGGCAAUGGCAAGAAGGCGCACAUGAUGCUCGCAAGCGGGAUUGGGAUGGCCAUGGCACUCGAGCUACAUCGCGAAUUUGACCUCGAGACUCGGGUGACACCAGUCGAGAAGGAAAUGCGACGGCGAUUAUUCUGGACCUGCUACCUCAUGGAUAGGUUCAUGGCAUGCGGAUCUAACCGACCUUCACUGAUCGCCGACAAAUGCAUCCUGUUACGACUUCCGUCAUGGACCCCCAGACCAGCAGCCCUACCUGUUGAAGGGGAGUUCUUCCAGAAUGGAUCGAAUCUCCAGUAUCAUUCUGGCUCCGGGAAGAAGAGCCAGGGGAGCAGUGGCAUGCUGAUUGACAUUGUCCGCAUCCUCGGAAUCACGAAUCGCUAUCUCGCAGCUGGCGGCGUCAAGGGCGACAGCCACUUCCCCUGGCACUCACUAUCUAACCUGUCGAAGAUCCGGCAGGAUCUGGACGUCUGGGCGUCGGGCACACAAGAUGUCUUCGCCUCUAUUGAUACGCUGUUCGGGCAAGCCGACAGCACGACGCUGGUCCUCGGCAAGCUCAUCUACCACCUCAUCCAUUGCCUUAUAUACCGGCCCUUCCUCCCGAUCGACCUCGCCGAGCUCGCCGGAACAGGCCAACAUCAGUCGUGGCAGAUUGAAGCCACGAAUCUGUGUUUCCUGCACGCUAACGCCAUUGCCGAGUUGGUCGAGUUGGGCAAGCAGUCUGUGGCCAUCGAAUGGCCUGCGUUUGUGGGAUACUGUAUCUGCACCGCAGGAACCGUACAUGUCCACGGCAGCCACUACACCGGCGGCCGGGAGGGCGAGGUGUUUUCUGCGUCCGCCGACUUUCUCUCGCGGGAGAUGCAGCAGCUCUCGGAGCUGCGCUACGCCUGGUCCUUGGUGCAGCACCAGCGCGACACGCUGCAGACCAUCUACGCCUGCCACUCGGAGCUCGCGCAGUCGCUGGCUGCCGGCAACAGCUCCUCUCGCUACAGCCCCGUCCUGUUCCACCUCGAGGACUUCUUCGAUCGCUACGCCGCCGUUGGCCUGGGCCGCGCCUCCUUCGACGGUGCCCACGUCUCCUUCGCCGACGUGCUCCUCGCGUCCCUCUCGCAAGAGCGCUACACUGGCCACGACCUCUACCACCACCCCAGCCGCGGCAGCAACGCCUCCAUGAGCUCCAGAAUGGAGCAGCAGCAGCAGCAGCAGCAGCACCACCCAUCCCAGCUACCCUCCUCCAAAGACAAGCCGUCCGCCUCGCGCAAGAAACGCCUUGACCUCAAGCUCCUCGCGCAGCACCGCCCUUCUUCUAGCUCCCACCCGGACCCACCACUCUCGGCAUCAACAGCAACACUCGUCCUCUCCUCGCCUAUCGACAACAAUAACAACAACACCACGACCACCUUAAGCGCCACCACCCACCAGAACCUCGCCGAUAUGGCCCAUGACCCAAUACCCCCCCAACCGCCCUUCUCCCCCCCUCCUCCUCUCCCGCAUACCUUUCCAUCUCUGCAUUCCAACCACCACAACCACCACCACCAAAACCAACAACACCACACCAACCCCCACAACCACCAACAACAGCAGCAGCAGCAGCAGCAGCAAGACCCCACAAGCUACGACCCCAUGUUCGGCCUCUCCCCCCGCCUACCCUUCACCUACCCCCCUUACCUCAUCCAUACCCACAACAUCAACAACAUCAACAACGGCCACAACACCAACGCAGACCUCACCACCACCUCGCCCAGCGCCAGCACGGGCACGGACGAGCGGGAAGAUCCCUUCUUGAACUUGCUGGAGCAGCUGGCUGAGAACGAGAACGAGCUCGAACUGGAACUGGACCUUGAGCGUGACUAUGUGAACAUGGAUGUGAACAUGGAUGUGGAAAUGGGAAUGGGAAUGGGAAUGGGAACGGGAAUGGAUGUGAACAUGGAUGUGAUAUAA